AUGGCUUCAGAGAAGGAGGAUGUCUACGCCACAGUGAGCUCCCUUUCCAGCUCGCCGUUUGCAUGGAUGGUACUACGAUUUCCCUCUAUCCUCUUAAUUCGAGCUGACUGGAGCUUCUCUCAAGGUGCACUGGUGAUUGCGCAUUCCCUACGAGAUGCAGGAACCACCAAGAAGUUGGCGGUACUUAUCACCGAAGAUACAGUGUCCGUCGACGCGAUAGCUCAGCUACGAACUGUUUUCGAUUUUAUUAUCCCCGUCGAGCGAAUCGUCAAUCAAUCCCAAGCCAAUCUCUUUCUCAUGAACAGAGCGGAUCUCCAUUCGACGUUUACCAAACUCAACCUAUGGAAGCUGGUACAGUUCCGCAAGAUUGUAUACGUGGACGCCGAUAUGGUUUCGAUUCGCGCACCCGAUGAACUAUUCGAUUUACCGCACGCAUUUUCAGCAGCUCCAGAUAUUGGAUGGCCUGACAUUUUCAACAGUGGGUUGAUGGUGUUGACUCCAAAUAUGGGCGAUUAUUAUGCAUUGCUCGCCAUGGCGCAGAGAGGCAUAUCAUUUGAUGGAGCAGAUCAAGGUCUACUGAACAUGCAUUUCAAAAACACCUUCAAUCGUUUGAGCUUCACGUACAACGUCACCCCAUCUGCGCAUUACCAGUACUUGCCAGCAUAUCGACAUUUCCAAUCAAGCAUUAGUAUGGGCCAUUUUAUCGGUCAUGACAAGCCUUGGUCUCAAGGACGAGAAUCAAAUAAAGGGUCGAAUCCAUAUGACGAAAUGGUGGGAAGAUGGUGGGCGGUUUAUGACAGACAUUACAGGGAAUCAUCGGUCGAGAGUACACCCAAAGGUAAUUCAACGAUUGUACAUUACCACACCAAAGGCGAAUUUCAACCAACACAACCACCUCCAGUUGCGUAUCACGAUUCCCAAGCCGACACGAAAGAGGAAAACAGAGCAUCGCCUGAGCAGCCAUAUGUGGCAGCAGGAUCAGAGAAUCAAUCCUCUAGUACAACGGCAGAGACCGACAGUGAGAUAGUCCAUGCGAUAACUGAAUCACCUUGGCAUCAAUCUACGGAUAAUGCGACACAUGUGGACGAGGCUUAUGUUUCUCCAGCACAGGAACACACCGAAAAGGAAAAGGAGCGGGAGAUACCCUAUAAUGCAUGGGAUGCCAGAACAGCCCCCCCACCGUCAGACUCCCGUCCUGAAGCCCACAAUUUCCCUUCCACCCACUACGAAAUGUCCUCGGACACCAAGCCCUUCCAGGCUCCCCAGAGAUACCCAGAUCCUCCAAAGGACAUGUGGUAUGAAGUGCCAAAGGCUCCGUCAUAUCAGAAACCAGCACCGAUAUUUCCGUGGGAACAGAAUGCCCCAAAACCCACAAGAGUAUUUCCCGAAGACAACCUCGAGACAACUAAGCCAGAUAAUAGUGUCGAGUUUGCACCUGAACCAGCAGGAUCGGGCAAUGAGAGUUCAACUCCAGUUACACCCUCCACUCCUACAAUCCAGCUCACUCCCGCUGAUCCCUGGCAGACGUAUAGUCGAGGUAAUGCCUGGGACGAUAUCCCUGAGAUAGAGCGGUACAUAGGAGCCUUGCAAAAGAAUCGCAAGGGCAAUAUUCAAGUACUGCAGGGAUACGGCUCAGGUAUAGAACAAGUUUCCAGUCCAGGUGCCAGACGGCGUAGUAUUAAGCUCACCGACUUUCCCACAGAGCUUGAAAGACCAAGCCUACCAGUGACCCCCGCUCCCAUCCGGAGACCGAACUUUUGGGGAGAGGAAAGAAAUGACCAAGGCGAGCUACCUGCCGCAGAGGGAGUGCCAUCCCAAGCUGAAUGGGAUCCUGCAGCCCAAUUAGAGCAACUCGCGCGAAGACAAUCGGAGGUAUUAGCUAGCAAAUUGGGAGGGGAAGAGCCUGCUAGAGAGAUCCCGUCGAGAUCUUUGCCGUUUGGGUCGGAGGGUAUAAAACAUUCACCCACGUAUGUUGCUCAGAGUCCUGUUUCUGGGUCAAGCAUUAAAUCAGUGGAUUCGACACCACGAGCCAUACAAGAACCAACCUUUGAAGGCCCACCAGUUCUUCAUGAAAAAGGAGAGACUUACGCUUUCAAAUCGACACCUGAACCUGCUACCGAGGAGGAGUUGGAUGCCCUCGAAAACUGA